CGACGCGCGCAUGCGCAUCACGGCUGCUGCUGAGGGAGGAGGCGGAGGCGGGCGGAUGAUGGCGGCCGCCUCUCUCUGGAAAGGGCUGGUCGGGGUCGGGCUCUUCGCCCUGGCGCACGCGGCCUUCUCCGCCGCGCAGCAUCGUUCCUAUAUGAGAUUAACAGAAAAGGAAGAUGAAACGUUGCCUAUAGACAUUGUUCUUCAAACCCUGCUGGCCUUUGCUGUUACCUGUUAUGGGAUAGUGCAUAUUGCAGGAGAAUUUAAAGACAUGGAUGCUACUUCAGAGCUAAAAAAUAAGACAUUUGACACAUUAAGGAACCAUCCGUCCUUUUAUGUAUUUAAUCACCGGGGCAGAGUGUUGUUCCAGCCCCCAGACGCUGUCCGUUCUUCCUCUAAUCAGGAUGCUUUGUCAUCCAGCACAUCGCUGAAGUUGCGAAAACUUGAACCUCUGCACCGCUAAAGAGUUGUUUUUUUUAACAGACAAUUCUAAAAAUAGGACAGGACAGAGCUGUAAUAUUGGAGUUGGAUAUAAACAUUUUUUUAAAAAUUUCUGGAGCAGUAUUUAUAGUGAUCUUCCAGGCUUUAUAACUAUGUGUGCACACGCACGUGUGUAUCUACACACACACGUGAGCACACAUAUAUAAAGAUAUCAAAAAAAUAUUAGGACCUUUGAACACUGGUAAUGACAACUCAAUUGUGAAUUGGCAAACAAGUUACUGCUAAAAUUAUGCUGUGAAAUAUGCAUUUUACCUUUCAUUAAAGCACUGAAGCGGUUCACUCA